GUGGGACGUUAGGAUUUAUUUUGUAUGUUGCUGGUUCUCCUUGCCUCCCGAGAGCUCUGUGCCCUCAAGUAAGAUGCCGGGAUUUUUCUGCGACUCGUCACUUCCGGAGCACGCCAGGUCACCUUGUAGUCUCAAGGUUCCAGGUCCAUGUAUAAGUGUCUUCAGCAGUCUAUAAAACUUGGGCAGGAUGCUUCCCCAGGGUAGGAUGCUGCUGGCUCGUUUUAACGGGUAUUGGAAACCGCUCUUCAAAGGUCGUUACCUGAUAAUUACUAACACUGUUAGUUGUGGUGUGCUGCUUGGGGCUGGGGAUAUCAUUCAGCAGACAAGGGAGGUGAGGAGAGAGCCUGCUAAGAAGAGAGACUGGCUAAGGACAAGCAGAAUGUUUGCAAUUGGGUGCUCAAUGGGACCAUUGAUGCACUUCUGGUAUUCCUGGCUGGAUCGGUCAUUUCCUGGGCAUGGGAUUAAAGUAGUCGUGAAGAAAGUCCUCAUUGAUCAGCUUGUGGCUUCACCCACGUUUGGAGUGUGGUACUUCCUUGGAAUGGGCUCCAUGGAGGGACAGAGUCUCAAACAAAGCUGGAAAGAAUUUCAGGACAAGUUUUGGGAGUUUUACAAGGCAGACUGGACUGUGUGGCCUGCAGCUCAAAUGAUCAAUUUCUACUUCCUUCCUCCAAAGUACCGUGUGAUUUACAUCAAUGUGAUAACUGUGGGGUGGGACACUUACCUUUCAUACCUCAAACACAGGGUAGACGAGCCUGUUGAAGGCAUUGCACCAGAUGAAAAACAUGCAAGUACCCCAAACCCACCUACAAAAACAGCUGCAUCUCUGCCAAAGCCUCUUGAUGGAAAAGUUUAACUACAGUAGUACCGGGCCAUCUCUG